UGUGUUGCCUCCAAAAUCCAGUUAGGCCCACUAGGCAUUGUGCCUCUUUCUUGGUUGUAGGAGGGGCCAAAUGCAGCAACUUAUCCUUCACCUUAGAAGGAAUGUCUCAACAGUCUCUCUUUUUCCAUUUUUCUGCCUUCUUAUCUUCUAGCGGUAUUGGCAGCUGAUUGGGUUGUGCCCAUCCAGAUUAAGGUUGGGUCUGCCUUUCCCAGCCCACUAACUCAAAUCCUUUGGCAAUACCCUCACAGACAUACCCAGGAUCAGUACUUUGUAUCCUUCAAUCCAAUCAAGUUGACACUCAGUAUUAAUCAUCACACCUCCUUUCAUACCUUUGUUCACAUUGUUCCUUCUUACAAAAAUCACACAGGAGCAUGCAUACAUACAGGUGAGAGCUUUCUGAAUUUUUCCAGCCCUUCAAAACCCAAUAUUAGUUACAUCUAUUUUGAGACUCUUUCUGACCACUCCAAUGUUAAAAAAAAAAAAAAAAGUGCUCCUUAAUUUCUUGUAAUAUAUAUAUAUUGUCAGGCUUAUAUCUCUAAUCUGGCAUGUUAUUUAUUGGUCUAUAUUGUUAUUUGUCUUUUUUUUUCUGUCUUAGAGUCCAUCUUUAAUAAUGUAAUUAGGUGCUCAUUGUCUGCCUAGAUUGUGUUGUAUGCAUUGAUUGCAUUAAUCAACUUUAAAUCUUAAGAGAGGAACCUGAGAUUCAUAAAAAGCCUCAUACCUAGUUAUUGGUGGAUCUAGAACUCAAAUGAAGGUCUUUUUGAUUUCUAAAGAAUAAUUUUUACCUGCACCAAGAUGUCUUAGAAUCAACUGGGGAGUUUAAACAUACAGAUGUGUAGGCCCACAUCAGUCUUUCUCAACUGAUUGAUGAUACAAAACCAUGAUACAGUGGUAGUAUACUCUUUGUAGGCUACAUUCCCCUCCGCUCUCCUUCCCGUAGCACUUAACAACUGCCCCUUACAUAUAGAAAUUCAGUAAAUGUUUAUUUACUUAUUUUAGGCGUGUAACAAUAGAAUUGUUUUUAUUUCAGCACUUAGUCAUUUCUAAUUGCACAGACAUUGCCUUAUAGAUCCUCAAGUAAUGAAAAAAGGGAGAGAAAGUGACUUUGUUAUUUAAUUAGCAUAUAUGUUAGCUAAUGGUUAUCGAACGAUCCCAGUACCAGUUAGUGUUGUAAACACUCUACAUGUGAUUAACUUAUUUAGUCCUCCCAGCAACCCUUUCAGCUAGCUAUUAUCUUCAUUUUAUAUACAAAGAAAUUGAGACACAGGUUAAUAAUUCACCUGUAGUUACCAGUUACUGAAUGACUCAGCUGCGACCUGAACUUAGGCAGUCUGGCUGCAGAGUGCAUACUUCUAACAGUUACUUUACAGUGACUUCUCAAACAUAGAGUACCUAAGACGGUACUCUACUCAUAGUUCAACAGUGAUUAAGUUCCUCCAAACCAUGUACUUGUUUUGUGAAAUAUUUAAUAUAUUUCAAAAUUGAAUGCUGAAACCAAAUUAUUAUACCAAAUACUCUACUCAUAAAUUUAUCUUUGAACCUCAAGACUAUCUCUAUCAAAAAGUGCCAUUUAGCUUUACAUGAUUUAUAUUGCAUGAUGCUGGGGCAAACAGAAUCUCUUUUGCUUUUAAUUGCAAGAUGUAGUUUUUCCUCAGAGCAUUGAGAGAACAUGUUUUAUUUCCUUUACUAAUCCUCUGUUUUGAGGAGUGAUUUCACUGGAACAAUUUUAAGGAGUGAACGAUACAGAUUUUAUGUUUAAAAAAAACGCUGAGUAUGAGAGUUUGAAAAAGGCUCUUUCUUCAUUUAUACCUAAGAAAUACCUUAAUUUUGAUUACCCUAAAUGGCAGAGGUGGGGUGGGGUGACUAAUAUCAUUUGAUUCUACUUUUUUGGAAAGAAAUCUUCAUCAAUUGGUUUUAAGAUAUUUUUGCUAAAGAUGAUAUUAUUAGAGUUAAUAACAAUAGGCAUAAAAAGUGUGUGCUUUAAACCCUAACCUAAGCACAGAGUGUCCUUGUAAAAUACCUUUCUGAUUAACUGAAAACCAGAAACCUUUUUCCAACUCAUUUUACUGAAAAUAUUUACAGAAUAACAAAUUCAGCCAUGGUAAGCAGAAUAUACUGAAAAUAAUUCAGUCUUUCAGUGCCCUAAAUCAUUGUAAGUGUUAAUAAUACUGAUUGUACUAUAUAGUUGUAGAUUAUGUAGAAGGUAGAGUUGAAUCUAGAUUAGAAUAUGGCCUGGGGGUUGCUUUUUAAACCCAUUACUUUAUGUAAAUAAUUCUUAACCUAAUAUUUGCAAUCACUGUUCCAAAACACUGGAGUUGUAGUGAUAAGCAACAUAGACUGUAUCCCUGACUCCCAUGAAGUUUACAGUUUCCUAGGAAAGACAGAAGAUUAAGGAAUUGAUGAAGUGAGAGAAGUGUUGUGAUUGAAAAAGAAAAAGAAAAGGCACUAUGGAAGCAUAUAGCAAGAGCAUCCAAACCAAUCCAGGGACUAGAAAAUACUUCCAAGAGGACGCUUACAGGGUGAGCCUGCUCUAUUCUUUUUCUCUCAAAAAUGGAAGAUUAAAAAGUUUUAUUAAUUAGGUGUUUGGUUUAAUCAGGACCAUUUAUUUGAUAUAUAUUAUUAAGGAUUUCAACAAAAUUAACUCUUUUGUAAUAAGAAAAAACAUUACUUUUGCAUGGAAAAUACAGAUCCAUGGAAAAUAAUUGUGGCACAUUUCCUCCAAGUAUAUGGUAGGAUUAUAGGAGGUUUUUCUUCUUUAUACUUUACAUAUAAUUUGAUAAUGUCAACAUGAAUUUCAUAAAUAAUUAUACAAGUGAAGUUUUAACCCCUUUUAAAUUGUUUAGUGCAACUUUAUUUAAAAAUGUAUAUUUUUUUAAAAAUUAAGACCCUAAGCUCAUUCAGGAAAAUGAGAUACCAUACUGUCUUUGGUGCAGAUAAGUGGAUUUUUAAACUAGUAAAAACUAAAAAAUCAGACAUACGAAGGUUAUCAAUACAUCAUUAUCGUCCAUCAGUUUUCCAAAAAUCAAGGGAGUGGAAGAAAAGAAAUGUCUAAAUUUCAUAUCAUAAUAUAGAACUGGCUUAAAGGAUUCUGACACUCGGGAUAGAUAAGAAACCCGCUGGUCCAAAUGCAGUGGUGUUUACAACUAAUUGAUCACAUCCCGUUAUGGAUUUCUUUGUUUCCUUUCCACUCCCACUGCUUCACUUGACUAGCCUAAGAAAAUAAAAUAAAAUACAAAAGAAACUCAAGGCAGAGAAUCUUUACACCUUGAGGAUUUAUUUUCUUAACACUAUGAAAGAAUGUCUAGAAAGGUCACCUUCCUUAUUAAAAAUAAAAACCAUACUCUCCAAAGUUAGCUUCAUUAGAAGGAUAUCCUGGUGAGAAGGACAACUGAAUCACAAACACAGAGACUUAGUUUAGCCUUGUAGUAACUUCUACCACAUUUUUUGAUUCAGGGAAGUACUAAUUAAGCAUUCUAACCCAGGGGCAAACCUUUGUAAUUUUGUUCCAGGAGCAUAGCUGAGAUGAGGCUAGGAUGUCCAGAGAAUACUUACAUAACGUUAUAAAGAAACUACCGUGAAUUUAUCUACUGUCAUUUACAUGCUUUUGUAUCAUCUGCAGAAAAUGUUCUAGGAAACAGAAAAGAUCUUUCCUGGUUCCUUUGUUUGUAUGGCAACAUGUUGGAUGUGAUUUUUAGACACUACCUAGAUAUAUAGAGAUAGAAAAAUCAUUCUUCUCCAACUUAUCUAGGAUUCAUUCUCUAAGUUUUCCUCUGUUAUGGCAACAAACACUAAGCAUAAUUUCAUUUUUCAGAAAGUUUCUUCCUGUAUCUAGAGAAGUGUGACUUGUGCUCCUGACUGUGGUUAUGGUCUUUGAUUAAAGUGCAUCCAAACAUGUCACCAUUAACCAUAAGAAUCACAAAAUAACAUAAUGGUUGCAGGACAGGAUUUCUUUACAGGUAUGUUAUUUUCUCUAUGGCUCCAGAGGUUAAAAUUAUGACUCUACCAGAGUUGAGUAGAGUUAGCAUUGGACUCUCUGAUCCCAAAACCCAUGUGAUACCGUUGUUUGAAGAUGUUCAUUCACUUUUAAAGAAUGAAUUUUAAUCAAAUCCUGUUUCCAUUCUUUAUGGUUUAACAGAGUUCUGUCUUUGACAUUCCCUUCUGCUUUAUCAUGUAAUCCUUCAAUAUUUUUGGAAAAUCCUUUUAUCAUUAUAGUAAAAUACCAUCAUAUUUCAAUAUUUUAAUAUUAUUUUUAGUCUUAAUGUGCUGAAGUUUCUCACUUCUUUGUGUCCAGUCUUCUGUGUUCAGCUACUUGCUAGAACACAGAAAACACAGUCACUGAAUGUGUGCUCUUUUCCCUGGAGAGAGAAUUUGUUUUAAGUCCCUUUUCAUGUCCUGAGGGACAACUCAUUCUUGACAGUUAUUUGAAAGACUUAGGCCUUGCCUCACAGCCUAGUAGGACAGACAGAAAAGUAACCCACAGUUAAAACAAAGAAGGCAAUGCUAAGUGCUAUGGUGGAAUUCAUGUGGGAGGCCAGGGUAGGAAUACCUGAGCAAGCAUAGGGAAGUCAUUGAGUGCUUAGGAAAAUAUGAUGCUUGAAGAAGUAGAAGUUAGCCAGAAGGAAAAAAAAAAUAGAAAAAUAUCUUCAAGACAGAAGGAACAGCAUGUGCAAAGCCCAAGCACACACAGAUUAGAGGAAACGGAAAAGCUUUGAUUAGAGAGGUAGCUUGGAGAAGAGACUGCAUGGGAGAGUGUCUGAAAAUGAGACUAAAAAUAUAUGCUACUUUGCAAAUACCAUUAUAUGCCACGCUAGAGAUUUCACAUUUUAUUCUGAAAGGAACAGGGAACCAUUGAAGGAUUUUAAGCAGGGGAUAACCAAAACUAUAGUAAUAAGAAUGAGACCUGGAGGCUCAGUUUGGAGGGUGAGAAGAAACUAGGAUGAUUUACAAAUUUCACAGUCAAGAAGAACUAUGAGAACAGCUGUCUCAGUUUUUAUAUUUUCCAAAUAUUUCUUUUAGAUGAUUAGCAGUUAAAAAAAAAAAAACUUAGAAUGAGGGAAAGCCCUUGCUUUUUUACAUUUUUUUUUAACAGUUUUUCUUAAGAAACAACACUGGUUGAGGAAAUGCCCCCAAAGCAAAAGCCUGAGGGUAUGGGAAAAGGCCCUUGGCACGUUUUCAUGUUAGUCUAUGUCAGAGUAGUGAUGACAGAAUGAAAGGUUAUUAGAUGUGCCUCUAGCUUUGAUCUCCAUUUGGUUUUCCAGUUCCCCUGGGAAGUGCCAGUCUUAAAACAUAAACUAACAGGAAGGGUAAUGCUUUAAGUGUACAGGCCUAGUUUCUUUUUGAGAGAACCUACAGCAGGAUGUGAACAUUCUGUGCCAAGCCUCCAGGGGUAAGUUCUGUUCCUUUUAUAGAAGAGAAGAUUUCCAAUUAGGUGUGGGUAUGUUUAAUUCAGGGAUAAUAUAUUUUGAAACCUUAUACAUAUGAUUACUCAGAAGCCAUCCAGCUGUAACCAUUAAAAAAUUGAUAUUUUGAUGCCCGAAAAGACUAAUAAAGUUUUAAAAUUAUAGGCCCAAAGAAGAAGUGACUAUCGGGAAGAAGACCCUGAAAUUGCAGUGAAUUGUAAGGCCGUAGUGUAGUGCUCCAAAUCUGAAUCAAAAUGAUAUUUUGUCAAGCACAGCAUAUUAUAUAAAAUGCUUAAUAAAUGGCAACAUAUCUGCAGAAGAUAGUCUAAAAAGCCUAGAUACAGAAGCCUUUUUACAGAUAAUUCAUAUGGCUAGUAGAACCUUAAAACAUGUUUCUAAUGGCCCAGACCUUAAAGCACAGAAGCUGUGAGGAAACUAACAUAUAGAUUCUGUUGUAUGGGCAAUCUAUAAUUAAAAUAAAAAAGUUUAGCUAUUAUGUAAAAAGAGAACCUAGCACAACCCUUUUUGACACUAGCAGUACUGAUUUAAUGCAGUCUGCAUGGUAGAUGACUAGCCUGCUUUGUCACUUGAGCAGUUUUUUUCAAUCUGUGGCCUUAAUGUUUGAUCCUGACAGGAUUUGCGUCACUGAUCCAUAUCACUGCCUGUGUGAUGUCAAAGUGUGGGUGUUCAGUUAUUGAGGCAUAGUUAACCUAAUGUGCUGCAGUAAAUCCUAAGUGCUCCUUCCUACUAAAAUAACAAAAGAAUGAUUCAUCAUUGUUCAUAUUAGGCUGAUACUAAAAAUAGUAAUGUUCACAACCUGCUGCAUUCAUGGACAUUAAUAUUACAGCCUCUGCAGCUUUCUAAACAAGUGCACUAAAAAUAAUUUCUUGUUUAGAAACAGGUGCUUGGUAAACACAUCUCCUUCAAGUUUUCCAUUUAUAUGCAGUUCAAUUUAGUGCUAAAGGUAGAUUCUAGCCAUAAGUCAUUCUUCAAAUGUACUCUACUUAGUGUUUGUCACUGAUACAUCUAAUUGUGCUGCAAAUUUAAUCACAGAAAUUUUCAGUUACUUGUACACAGAUAAAUGAAAUUAUCCACAAUUCUGAAUCAUACUUAGGCCCCUAAUUUAAGCAUUCUGCUUUAUCCAAACUUUAAAAAGAAUAAUAAAUUUCCAAGGAAAAGAAAGGUCUCUAAACAUCUAAGCAUGAAUAAUGACCUUGAUCUUUUCUCUUUCUUCUGUAACUUCCUUAUUCUGUUCCCAAGUUCUGACUCACCAAUUUGGUGAGUUCCUAGAUCAAGGCCUACACUAAUUGCCUGCCUUAUUAUAUGAAUAAAUGUUGCCAGGUGUUUCAUAGCCUUAAUAAGUAAGCAUUCCUUAUUAGUAGGGGGGCCUUAUAUCCCAAUUUGUCUAAGAUAGUUCUGGUUUUUGCCUCAUCUUGAUAUCUAACUGGUAUGACAUUUGUCUCGGAUUUAUCAUUUUUAAAACAGUAUUAUUAGUAGUUCAUUAAAAUAAGUUGUGAUAGAUUUGGUUGACCACCAUUUUGAAUUUCCAGCUUCCGCCUUGAUCUCUAUCUAGUAAGUAGCUCAUCCGUCUCUUUGUCACUUUAACUUGUGCUUAAAUCUUAGACAACCCAAAAUAAAUCAUUCUCUCUUCCUGACCCUUGCCAGAAGCAAGUCUUAAUUAACAGUGAGUGAAAGUGUGCUUAAAUUUAAAGGACUGGGAACUAACUCCUUUCAGUUUCCUGGUGGUAGUGGCAGAAGUAUUUGAUGCUGCUGUCUUUGCUGGCCACUUGGUGUCACCAGGGCACCAAGUGGAAGGACCAGUGGGAAGCAUAUAGGUUAAAUAAAUAAAUAUGAGGAAAUUAAAUAUUUCUGCCACUGAAUAUAUAAAAAAUAGCUUGAAUGAUUUUUAUCACUUAUUGUAUUGUGUAAAUCUAUAACUGUUACUUGGCAGUACUUUUUUAUUUUGCAGUAAACUCUCUCAGCAAUAAUGAGCUCAAAAACAAGGUCUAAAUUUGGUGAAACAUGCAAAAGAAAAAUAAAGACAAUUCAGUGAGAUUUGUAAAAAUAUUUAACGUUUUUAUAGUACUUAAUAUUGUAAAAAUAUUUGAAGUAUUUACACAUCUCAAUAAGAAACAAAAAAUAGAACUGAGAGUAUCCUCCACUUAGCAGAUAUGCUCCCAGCUUACCAGAUAGCACCUUAGAAACAGUUUUUCUUAAUAUAAACAUUGUAGUCUUAAAAUAUUACAAAAAAGAGUCAAUUGAAGGUAUCAGCAGCUUUAAGUUUAUAAACCAUAAAAUACAACAUUGUAAGCAAUUUUAUUUUAAAAAUUAAGAUGACUAUUUGAAAGAAGAAAUUUUUCAAUUAAAUACCAGUGAUAAGGAAUUAAAGACAGGUGUAGCUAAGAAAUUAAAAUACAUAUAUACUAAGAAUAAUUGUUCUGUUUAUAUUACUCCAAUAUUCAGAUACUCAAUAUGAAGAAUACCUUUAAAUGCUCUUUAAUGUAAUUGCAUAUUUUUUUAAUAAAGCAUUUUAUUUUUCGAUAGAUUGUUAGAACUUUAUCUCCCUCAGUGUAAUUAAAAUAUAUCAGUCAAUAAAGAAACAUAACAAAUUAUGUAUUUUUAAUUAUUUUUAGCCCCCUUUUUCACUUUCAGAAGUGUUCCUGAUUGGAUGAUGAUAAUAUAAUUAUCCUACCUCUGCUCUGUUUCCUCCUUCUUCCUGUCACCAGAGCUCAGCCAGCCUGAAAGAUAAAUCCCUAUCCUUCUUACUGCUAAGAGUUAUUCCCAAACCCUUAUCCAUAGAUGUAGGGACAUUUCAUCAGUCUAGGAAAUGGGAAUAAUACAGAUAAUGUAGUGGUUUUUCAUUAAGUUAAAUUUAUUUACUUAAGACUUUUUAAAAAUUCUGAAGUUAAAUCUUUUAUAAUGUUUGAAGUUACAGUAUCCUCUCUUUAUGAAUUGAUGUGACAAUAUAGGAUAGACUUCCUUCUGUCCAUUCUUAAUUUCUUCUUAACUUUUAAUGUCUUUACUUGGCCUAAUGAAAAGCUGGUUAAUGAGUCCCCAGAAUUUGUUUUGAAAUUUUGCUGGCACAUAAAUCCAAAUGUUUGGGAAAUACUAACUUAGAACACAGAUAACUUCUGUAUUGACCAUUUUCUAGUUAAUAUCUAACCUCCUAACCUUAUCCAGGCACCCUCACCCCUCAAAUCAAUCCAAAAUAUAUUUGGCCUUAGACUGAUCCUCACAUUGCUUUCCUAUUAGCAUGUAUAAUGUAAAGUAAAACUUCUGUUGAAUCGACAUCUUAGUGUAAGUAAAGGGGAAAAUUAUAGAGAAAGAAAUCGGCGACUAUCUGGUGAGAUAUGCAGGUUGAUUAAGGCCUCUGAACGGGAAAAGAGGUAAAACCUGGGUGAGAAAAUGAGAAAGAGUUAAAAGGAGAAGAAACAAGGUUUGAUUUGUGCCCAAGGACAAAAUUAUAGUUUCUAAUUCUUCACUCCCCUUAUCUCUCUUAAGACUAUUUGCUUAUUUCAUUGUCAGUCACUCCCCGGCAAUAGACUCCUUCCCAUGGAGCACCUGGUUAGUUGCAGAUUUCAUUGAUCUUUCCUUGGUCCCUUGACUCUGUGGACAUGUGUCAAUUAAGCUCUAAGCUGCAUGAGUUUAACACAUAUUAUUUAGAUGCUUAUUCAGAACCUGCACUUUAAUACUGCCACAAGAAUCAGAGUCAGGGUCAGAGUCAGUCUUUUGAAAUAUCAGAUAAAAAUAGGUAGAAGAAUAGAAGAGUGUACCUCACAUCCCAUCCUUUUAUAUCUUAGUGACCUGAAACCACUCUUUGUUUAGCUGAACGAGUCUGCCUUUUAAAUUUUUGGACAUGCAAAUGACCCUGAUUAUUAUAAUCUAACAGCAGCCUUAAUAAACAGCUGAUCUGGUUUGCCAGGAAAAUAAAAAAUCAAAAUCAACUCUUCUUACUUUUAAUUUGCCUCAUAGCUGACAAUCUUUUUCUGCAAAUCAACUGAUUCAUCUGUUGUAGCUGUUCAUUUUGCAACUAUUUUGGAGGACAUAUUGCUAAAAGUUAGACAUUUGUGGAUGCUUUACUGAAUUUUAUAUAUGGUAGAAGUCAUCUUGGACGAUACCUGCUUUAGAUUUUUUUUUUUUUAAGCCAAAUCAUUGGAAUCAUGUUGUAUGGCAGUGUGGGCAAUACUUAAACUGCAGAAGGGAAGAACUAACUUAACCAACUUGACAGCAUGGUCCUUGGUAUCUGAUUUUAAUCAUGUUUCAGCUUACACAAAGCAGAGAGCUUUUAUUGCUCAUCCUCUAGUAAGAGCAUAAGACUAGCCUCCCUCCUUUUUAAAUUUUUAUGUAUUUAUUUAUUUAAAGACAAGGUCUCACUAUUUUGCCCAGGCUGGUCUCUAACUCUUGGGCUUAAGCAUUCCUCCCACCUCAGCCUCCCCAAAUGCUGGGAUUACAGGCAAGAAGCAAGCCUAGCUUUUUUUUCUUGAUUUUUUUAAGCUUACUCUUUAUUCUUAUUGUUUUUUCUAUAUUAAUUUUCCCUUUUCUUCAAUUUAUCAUGGCUUGUGUUUUGGUUUGGUUUUGGUGCUACAUAUAUCUUAAAUCACCUUAAAUUGUCUUUUGGAAUGGGUUUAGCUACUAAUUCACUGAUUGUUUUCCAUAUAAUAUCCCUUACUUACUAGAAACAGUUUAGGAUCUUUCUUCACAAUAGUUUCAGUGAGAUAAAUAUAGGUACAUUUUGCUUUAUUAUAUGUAACUAGCAGAUAUUUAGGGCAUAAUAGUGUUGGGUUUUCCAUCCAAAUGUCAGUGCUUUUUGUGUGCUUUAGGCGAUAUUGACUCCUACCUUCAGAACGCUUCUAAGAAAACUUAACAAGACUUAACUUCAUACCCUUACUAUUCUCCCAUUUGCCACAGAGUUCUCAUCCUCAGUGUUAGUGACGUGGUCACUACAUUCAAGGACCUUUUGGUUAUAGUGAGGACAAUACAGAAUGCAUGUAUUUUUUGUUUCCUAAAGACCUCGUUAAUUUGAGUAUAUGUGUCAAACAAUUUUUCUAUAGGAAUAAACACAGAGGACGCAUUGAGGAGAUUACAGUUUAUAGGAAUGCAUUAUGCAGUGACCAGCAUAUUUUUCAUUUUCCCAUUCUUGUUUAAUUAUAUGAUAAUUUUAGCAAACUUAAAAAUGUACCUGCUUAUUUUUGUAAUAUUAUCUCAAAUAUUUUGCAGAGAGCUAUCUUAAUAGCAUGGCAUGUCAUAGCAAUUGUUUGGAUUUCUUCAUAAUAUUUUAACAUGUUAACUACCAUUCCUGAACUAUUGAUUUUCAGGUAGGCUUGUCAAUACACGCACUAGCACUGUGCUUAAGUGACAUUGCUUAAGCACUUACUGUGUACCAAACACUGUUCUAAGUGCUGUACAAAUAUGAAUUUAUUUAAUCUGCAUAAUAUCUCUAUGAAAUAGAAUAAUUAUUUCCAAUUUACAUGUGAGAAAACUAAGAUACAAAGAGGUUAAGUAACUUGAAAGGUCUCACAGCUAUAAGCUGUCAUUAGAAUUAGACGGGCUAGCUCAGAGUCCGUGUUCUUCAUCACUACCUUAUGCUGCCCUAUGUUUAGGCUAUAACAAAUUAUAAUAAAAUGAAUGAUAAAAUAGCAAAAUAGUAACAAAAUUCCACUUGAAGACAUUUUGAUCCCAGUGAAAACAAAUGUGGUUCACACAGUAUUGACAAGGAUAGACUGGUAUUUUACCAGCUUGAGUGGCAUCACCCAGUUCAUGUGGAAACAUAGUAGGCUACAGUAAAGAAUUUGGACUUCAUCUCAUCACAAUACAGAAUGGUCUCUGGGUUAUAAGCAGAGGAGGAUACAAUGAAAUUUGUUUUUUAGAUCAGGUUAGCAUUAGUGUGAGAGAUGUAUCAAUUGCUAGGGACUGGGGGCAAGGAGACCCAUUAGGAGAAUACUGGAAUAGUUCUAGAAAGAGCCUAGUGCUGCUAAGGCAAUAGCAGUGGAGUAGAAGAGAACAUGGAUUUGAGAGAUAUUUAGGAGAUAAAACUGUCAGCCAAAUAGAUGAUGUGGAAAUUGAGAUGAGGGGGAAAACAGAGUCUAGGAUCAUUCUCACAUUUCUGGCUUAAGAUUAACUUAUCAUGGGAAACACAGAGGCGGAGUGACUAUUGAUGGAAAAAAUAACUGGUUUUGAGUUUUAUGUAAAUUAAGUAUUAUAGAUCUAGAGCUCAAGAAAAAGUCUGGAUGAGAUACAGAAUGAUAAUCUUUCAUGAGAGUAGUAAAUAAGAUCAUCUUGAGAGAUCAUGUAGAAUAAGGGAAGUGGACCAAGAGCAAAACUCCCAGGAAAACAAACACUUAAGGAAGAGCAGAAGACAAGAAGCCAUUAAAGAAAUUGAAAAAGUAUGAUCAGGAGGUAGAAAGGAAACUAGGAGAAACUAGUAUUUCAGAAGUUAAGGAAGAAUAUUUAAGAGAGUUGUCAGCAGUGUUAAUUGGAUUUGGUAAGUAAGAAUUUGAUCUCAGUGACUUUUGCCAGUGCAGUUUCAGUAGAGUGGGCUGAACAAAAGCCUGAUUAUGGUGGGUUGCAAUGUGAUUUUGGGGCCGGGCGCAGUGGCUCAUGCCUGUAAUCCCAGUACUUUGGGAGGCCCAGGCGGGUGGAGGUCAGGAGAUCCAUACCAUCCUGGCUAACACUGUGAAAUCCCAUCUCUACUAAAAAUACAAAAAAUUACUCAGGCAUGGUGGCGGGCGCCUGUAGUCCCAGCUACUCGGGAUGCGGAGGCAGGAGAAUGGCAUGAACCCAGGAGGCGGAGCUUGCAGGCCACUGCACUCCAGCCCAGGUGACAGAGUGAGACUGCGUCUCAAAAAGAAAAGAAAAAAAAGAAAAGAAAAGAAAUGUGAUUUUGGAGACUUCCAUUUCAAGUCAUUUGGUAGAAUGGAUGCUCUGCUCUGGGUACCAUCCUCUUAUUAAAAAAAGAUCUUCUGUAAGACAAUUUUAAUUGCAUUGUUGUGCCCACAAAAAGUAAGAGACAUGUCCUAGGGGAUAGGGAGCAAGAAACAAUGCUGGGACAGUUAGUUAUCCAUUUGGAUUAAAAUGGAAUCAGAUCCUUUUCUCAUACCUUACCCCAAAAUUAAUGCUUGAAGACUUAAAGACUUAUGUGAAAGGAUAAACUUAAAAAUAAUAAUAAAGAGAGAGUAUCUUCAUGACUGCAGAGUAGAGAAAGUUUUUUUAGGAUACAAACACACAAAAUGCUAACUAUCAAAUGAUCAGUAAAUUUGACUUCAUUACAAUUAAGAACUUUGGUACAUCAUAAAAUAUAUGAAAAUAUAAGUCAUAAACUAGGAAGAGUAUAUUUGCAACCAAUGUAACCAUAAGGAAUUAGUAUCCAGAAUACACAAAAACUCUUCCCAAUCUAUUUUUUAAAAAAGACUACCCAGUAGAAGAAUGGGUGGAAAACAUGGACUGGGUAAUGCAAAAUAAGAUCAAAGUGAGAUUGGCAAAAAUUUAAAAAUCUAAAUACCAAGUAAUGGAGAGAAUGUGAAUCAGUGGAACUUCUUAUACAUGUCUGGCUGGUAGGAAUAUAAAUUAAUAUACUCGGGAAAACAAUGUGGCACUAUCCUAUAAAAACUAACAUUCACAAAACCCUAAGACACAGCAUUUCCUCUCUUAGGUACAUACCUUAAAGAAACAUUUGCACAUGUGGGCUGAGAGACAUAGAGAUAGCAGCAGUGUUCUGAUCCAUGCUUCUGUCUAAGAGAUAGCAUUAGAUUGUCUUCUUUAUCUACUUUAAUUCCUUUGUUGAUGUCAUCCAGUCUCAUGGAUUUAAAGCCUAUCUACCAAAGACUCUGGAAUUUGUAUCUCUAGACUAGGUAAGUAUUUCCUUGAACUCCAGAAUAGUAAAAUGAACUGCCUGCUAGUUGAAAUCUCCAUUUGAAUGACUAAUAGACAUUUGUAACGUAACAUGUCCAAAUCUGAAUACCUAAUCAUCCCCAAAUAUGCUUCAUCCACUUUUGUGCUAUUAAAAUUAGUACUGUUAUGAAUGUUCUAAAUUACAUCCUUCGGUUGGUGUUAUAUGUAAGCAUUUCCACUGUCCAUAUACUUAAAAGUAGAAUUACUGGAUCGUAGAGUAUGCAUAUGUUCAACUUUAGUAGAUAUUGCCAGUUUUGCAAAAUGGUUGUACCAUAUACUUACCAGCAAUAUGUAUAAGUCAGAUGAAUUUUUUUAAUAUAACUGAGAUCAUGUUUUAAAAUCCAGCAAUGGCUCUUAUUUUACUCAAAGCAAAAGCAUACAGUAACCUGUGAGGCCUAACAGAGUGUAACUCAUUUCCCUCUUAAUCACUCUAACCUCACUCCUUUUCUCCCGCUUCACUCAUGCUGCUUUGGUGACAGUGGUGUCCUUGUUAAGUCUUAAACAUGCCAGUCAUGUUCCCCCUUAGGGCCUUUACACUGGUUGCUCCCUCUGUGUAGAAUGUUCUUCCCUCAGAUAUCCAUAUGGCCCACUCCCACACUUCUUUCAAGUCUUGGUUCAAAUGUGACCUUCUCAUUGAAACCUAAACUGAUCUCUGUAUUUUAAAUUGCAAUAUUCAAUCUCCCCCCUCACCAUCAGCCUAUCUUAGUACUUAAAAUCCUUUUUACCCUACUGUGUUUUAUUUGUUUCUUUUGAGAUGGGGUCUCACUCUGUUGUCCAGGCUGGAGUGCAGUGGCAGGAUCACAGCUCACUGUUGUCUCAGCUUCCUAGGCUCAAGCGAGAUUCCCACCUCAGCCUCCUGAAUAACUGGGACCACAGGCAUGCACCACCACACCCAACUCAGUUUUUGAGAUUUUUUGUGGAGACGGGGUCUCACUAUGUUGCCAAGUCUAGUCUUGAACUCCUGGGCUCAAGUGAUCCACCUCAGCCUCCCAAAGUGCCAGCAUUACAGGCGCGAAGCAGCACACCCAGCCUCUCUUUUUUAUUUUAUAGCAUUUAUCACUUUCAAAUAUACUUCAUGAUUUACUUGAAUAUGAUUUACUUAUUUACCAUGUUAUUAUUUUCUUCCUCUAGUGCCCAGAACAGUAUCUGGCACAUUGUAGAUAAUCUAUAUAUGUUUGUUAAGUGAAUGAAAGCAAAAAAAAACAACAACAGAAACUGAAAAGAGCCCAAAAGCUAAUGACAGAAUAAACAAAUUAUAGUUAUUUACAUAAAAACAUAAAUGAAAAUGAGGAAACUACAGCUAUAUGAAACUACAUAGAUAAGUCCUAGAAAUCAUAAUAUUGUUUAGGGAUAUAUGUGAUUUUUUUGUUAGGAAAUUAUUUUUAAAAGAAAGAUAAGAAUAAACUCAAAAUUCAGGAUAAUGGAGACAUGAGUGGCACAAAGUGUUGGAUUAGAUGGUGAAGGAGCACAUGGAUGCAACAGUGUUGGUAUGAUCUGUUUCUUGGCUUGGAUGGUGGAUUUUAAUGACUUGCACUUUAAUGACUUUAAUGACUUGCACUUUAAUGACUUGCACUAUUUUCUUUUGUAUGUAUCAAAUAUUGCAUAAUCAAAAUUUUAUUUAAAAUGUGAAAGUGAGUGUAAGGUCAGAAAAUAGAGUCAUGUUAUAGAGUUAAUGUUACAUAGAGUUAUAGUGAAGGAACAAUGCUUCUUCUACAAAUAGGGGAAAGGAAUGAGAAAAGUUUGUAUGUAACAUUGAGUUCAAUUCCAUAACAUCAAGAGUUCAGUUUCAUGUCAAAUAAUGUGAAGAGUUCAAUUUCGAGAUAUGGUUGAAGUCAGGUUGGGGAGGGCUCCUAAAGUGUAACGAGAAUCUCUGAUAAUCACCCUAGAAAACAGUGUAAGUGAUUGACCAGGGAAAGAUUCAUGAAAGGAUUCCUGAGCAGUGCUGACAGCUGAGUUAAGGCUGAAGAUACUAAAUUUAUAAACAUGCCAGUCUGAGUACCACUUGAUUUCUACAGCUCAGGUGUAAGAGAAGACUGAUUGAACUUGAAGAUUUUCAGGAGAUGGGGAAGUCAAAGGAAGACAUGGAUGGGAAAGGAAAUCAGGCUGUGAAGGCAGUGUUGGAUCAGGAGAAAAGGGAGAUCACUAUGAAGAACAAAUGUAGAAGAAAGAGAACUGGAGAGAUGAAAGAAAGAUAUGAUGGCCACGUGUAAGUUUGAUAUUUCAAAGAUGAGAUAGUGGAGUUCUAAGUAAUAAGUUCCAGGAUGUAUCUUUGAACAUGGGUUACUAAAAAUAGAAUGAAAGACACAAGUUCAAGGAAUUUUAAGCCUAGAUUUUGGACAUAAAAGUCAUGCUGAUGGACAAGAGUUGGGAUAGAAGACAAAAUUGAACACAGCGCCAAAGUUCUCAAUAAAUGAGGACUCAGCCUUAAAGCAUUGAGAAGGGGUAGAGGGUUGUAUGCACAUAUGCCGUGAUCUCAAGGAAGAAGGAACUUUAGCAUGAAACAGGAACAACAGUGGUGAAGGGAAGCAGCCUUGGAGUAUCUGCAGACUACCAACACUGCUUCAGGAGAAGAUAGGAAGUCUCUGCUCCUGGGGCAUGCUGGGGAAAGUUUUCUACAGGACAUCCGUGCUUCAUUUCAAGGCAACACAGGAACAAGUGUUCCGUAAAAAGGUUGAGGAUAUAGGAGAAUUUAUUUAUAAUGGAAAAAAAAAGUUUCUUUUCUAGUGAGCAUAAUGGAAAGGAUUGAAAGGAGAUGAUAAGUUAAAUAGUCAAGAAAUAGAAAUACAGCUGUGCGCAAAUUUGAGCCAAAAUAAGAAGGUGGGCUGCAGAGGCUUGCUUUUUGUUUAGGGGCUGAAGAUCAGAGACAUGGUUGGAUUUGCAGGGAGGUUGGGUCUAACGUAUAUGAGUACAUUCUGUUGAGACCAGGAGACUCCUUGCCCUUUGGUCUCGUUUUUCAGGGCAACCCUGCCUUUUCAUAGGAAUUUUGAAGUUAACAGUUACCUUUCCCCACUUGUAAGAAUAGGCCCUUACUGUCUUAUCUCCUCUGGGGUGUCUUACGUAUAUUUAUUGAGACCUAUUUCUCUAGGUUGUGCUUUGCCAGUUAUUUUCCACCUUUGUGUGAGAUGGGGCCUUUGAACAUAGUUUACACUUUUUGAAAAGUAUAGCCUUACUAUUAGAUAAUCCUGCCUUUGCCUCGCUUUGUGCCCUUGGCAAGUUACUCUGCUUCAGUUUUCUUACCUGGAAAUGAUGCUCACUUCACUUCUUAGGAUUAAGUGAGUUAACGCAAGUAAAACACUCCAAAUGAUGCCUAGUAUGUACUCUGCACUAUGUGGUUAUUUUUGAAAACAUGGUGAUCAUACUUUUACAUAUUAUAACUAUUACUUACUGAGUAUCAUCAACGAAUAUACUUGAUACUUUAAAUUUAUUUAAUUUCAUUCUCACAACAAUGCUAUGAUGUUGAUUAACCUUGUCACUGAAAUAAGCUAAGACCUCAGAGAAGAGCAGUAAAUUGCCUUGCUGAUAAAUACUGAAGCUGUUAUUAAAAUAUAUCUUUUAAUACCAAAAUUCACUUUCUUUCCACUGUACAACUUGUUACAAACCACUGUCAUUAUCAUUACCUGUAUAUUUUUGUUAGCUGUUAAUAAAUUUCCUCUGAAGUUACAUAGCACCCUAAAGUAAUGAAAGAUCUCCAAAAGUUCUUAUUCUUCUUUCCUGUUGUAACUGGACAUCUUUGGUCUCCUUUCUGGUCUCUACUUGUUCUUGGAUAGAGAACUCUGAACCUGCACCUGAGGCUGUCUUUUCAGAUUCAUGGAUAUGAGUAAGAAUGCCAUCUACUGAGCAACUGCACUUUAAUUUAAAUCAUAAAUUUAAAAAAAAUCAGAAAGAAAAUAAAACCAAUAAUGAAAGUGGUAGUCUUUAUUCUCUUAAGAGGCAAGUAACAGCCUGAAACGUAAAUCCCACCUUUGAGACACAUGUCUAUCAAACCUAUAUUCUAUACACAAUUAUUUGUGUAUUGUGGAUAUUCCUUAAGGAUUGAGUAUGGAGAAUUAUGUUAUACAAUGACAUUUCAGACUGAAUCUUUUAAAUUAAUAUUAUCUCAAAUUUUCUAAAUGAAAAUUAGCGGCAGGCUGCAUGAGUAAAAAAUUAGAAGAUAGCACCUGUGGUGUUACUGAAGUGAACACAAAGAGAAUCAUUUUACAUCAAAUAUAUAUUUCUGAAAAGUAUACUUUGAUGAGCUUUUGAAUUGGUUCAUAAGGAAGUCUGAAAGAUGGUCAAAUUCAGGGCAGCAGCAGUAGAAAUCAUUUAAUCAUUUUUUUUUCCUAUAUCAGAAAUGCUGCAAGCGGGAACGUUUGCUUUUUUUUUCCCCCUUCCCCUUUCCUGGGUCACUGCAGGUCACAUGAUGGCUAUCACGUGACUCGGUCAAAGGAUCUUUUCCUCUUACAGCCUUGCAGAAAAAAAAAAAAAAAAAAGCUGUUCUCCAAUUAAAGCUGUUAACGUGUACUACGCUGUUUCCUUGUUGGAUUUUCUUGUUCUCUGCUGCUACUGUAAAAACAAAAUGAGUGGUCCUGCUCAGGUUCCAAUGAUGUCCCCAAAUGGUUCUGUGCCUCCUAUCUAUGUGCCUCCUGGAUAUGCCCCACAGGUUAUUGAAGACAAUGGUGUUCGAAGAGUUGUCGUGGUCCCUCAGGCACCAGAGUUUCACCCUGGUGGUCACACAGUUCUCCACCGUUCUCCACAUCCUCCUCUGCCUGGUUUCAUUCCUGUCCCAACCAUGAUGCCCCCUCCACCACGUCAUAUGUACUCACCCGUGACUGGAGCUGGAGACAUGACAACACAGUAUAUGCCACAGUAUCAGUCUUCACAAGUCUAUGGAGAUGUAGAUGCUCACUCUACACAUGGAAGGUCCAAUUUUAGAGAUGAACGAUCUAGUAAAACAUACGAACGUUUGCAGAAAAAAUUGAAGGAUCGCCAAGGAACACAGAAAGAUAAAAUGAGCAGUCCACCAUCUUCACCCCAGAAAUGCCCUUCUCCCAUUAAUGAACAUAAUGGACUUAUAAAAGGACAAAAUGCUGGUGGUAUAAACACAGGAUCAGCAAAAAUCAAGUCUGGGAAGGGGAAGGGUGGUACACAAGUUGAUACAGAAAUUGAAGAAAAAGAUGAAGAAACUAAAGCAUUUGAAGCACUUCUUUCCAACAUUGUCAAACCAGUGGCCUCCGACAUCCAGGCAAGGACAGUAGUACUUACCUGGUCACCACCUUCCAGCCUCAUUAAUGGUGAAACAGAUGAAAGUAGUGUACCAGAGCUCUAUGGUUAUGAAGUUCUGAUCUCAAGUACUGGAAAAGAUGGGAAAUACAAAAGUGUAUAUAUAGGAGAAGAAACAAAUAUCACUUUAAAUGAUCUCAAGCCAGCCACGGAUUACCAUGCAAAAGUCCAGGCAGAAUAUAAUUCUAUAAAGGGAACUCCUUCAGAAGCUGAAAUCUUUACCACCCUGAGCUGUGAACCUGAUAUACCUAAUCCACCAAGGAUAGCCAAUCGGACCAAAAAUUCACUCACUUUGCAAUGGAAGGCACCUAGUGACAAUGGUUCUAAAAUCCAAAACUUUGUAUUAGAAUGGGAUGAAGGAAAAGGAAAUGGAGAAUUUUAUCAGUGUUACAUGGGCUCACAGAAACAGUUUAAAAUUACUAAACUGUCACCAGCAAUGGGCUGUAAAUUCAGACUAUCGGCCAGAAAUGACUAUGGUACAAGUGGUUUUAGUGAAGAAGUCUUAUAUUACACCUCAGGCUGUGCUCCUUCUAUGCCAGCAAGUCCUGUAUUAACCAAGGCUGGAAUUACUUGGUUAUCCUUACAAUGGAGUAAGCCCUCAGGAACACCAUCAGAUGAAGGAAUUUCUUACAUUUUAGAGAUGGAGGAAGAAACUUCAGGGUAUGGUUUUAAGCCUAAAUAUGAUGGAGAAGAUCUUGCUUACACAGUGAAAAAUCUCAGACGUAGUACUAAGUAUAAAUUUAAGGUUAUUGCUUACAACUCAGAAGGUAAAAGUAAUCCAAGUGAAGUAGUAGAAUUUACUACUUGCCCUGAUAAACCAGGCAUACCUGUAAAGCCUUCAGUGAAAGGAAAGAUACAUUCACACAGUUUUAAAAUAACUUGGGAUCCACCAAAAGACAAUGGCGGAGCAGCCAUCAAUAAAUAUGUAGUGGAGAUGGCAGAAGGUUCUAACGGAAACAAAUGGGAAAUGAUAUACAGUGGCGCUACCAGGGAACAUCUUUGUGAUCGACUGAAUCCAGGCUGUUUCUAUCGUUUACGAGUUUACUGCAUCAGUGAUGGAGGACAGAGCGCGGUCUCUGAAUCUUUACUUGUACAGACUCCAGCUGUGCCUCCUGGCCCAUGCCUGCCUCCCAGAUUACAGGGUAGACCCAAAGCAAAAGAAAUACAGUUACGAUGGGGACCUCCUCUGGUUGAUGGUGGAUCACCCAUUUCCUGUUACAGUGUGGAAAUGUCUCCUAUAGAAAAAGAUGAACCUAGAGAAGUUUACCAAGGUUCUGAAGUAGAAUGUACAGUGAGCAGCCUUCUUCCUGGAAAGACAUACAGCUUCAGACUACGUGCAGCUAACAAAAUGGGGUUUGGACCAUUUUCAGAAAAAUGUGACAUUACUACAGCCCCUGGGCCACCAGAUCAGUGCAAGCCCCCUCAAGUGACAUGUAGAUCUGCAACUUGUGCACAAGUGAAUUGGGAGGUUCCUUUGAGUAAUGGAACAGAUGUCACUGAAUAUCGAUUGGAGUGGGGAGGAGUUGAAGGAAGUAUGCAGAUAUGUUACUGUGGGCCUGGUCUCAAUUAUGAAAUAAAAGGACUUUCACCAGCAACUACCUAUUAUUGCAGGGUCCAGGCUCUGAGUGUUGUGGGUGCAGGCCCUUUCAGUGAAGUGGUAGCCUGUGUGACUCCACCAUCAGUUCCUGGCAUUGUGACCUGUCUUCAAGAAAUAAGCGAUGAUGAGAUAGAAAAUCCCCAUUAUUCACCUUCUACAUGCCUUGCAAUAAGCUGGGAAAAGCCUUGUGAUCAUGGUUCGGAAAUCCUUGCCUACAGCAUAGACUUUGGAGAUAAACAAUCCCUAACAGUGGGAAAGGUUACAAGCUAUAUUAUCAACAAUUUGCAACCAGAUACAACAUACAGAAUACGAAUUCAAGCCUUGAAUAGCCUUGGAGCUGGUCCUUUCAGCCAUGUGAUAAAAUUAAAAACUAAGCCUCUCCCUCCUGAUCCACCUCGUCUGGAAUGUGUUGCCUUUAGCCACCAGAACCUUAAGCUGAAAUGGGGAGAAGGAACUCCAAAGACAUUGUCAACCGAUUCUAUUCAGUACCACCUUCAGAUGGAGGAUAAGAAUGGACGGUUUGUAUCCCUAUACAGAGGACCAUGUCAUACAUACAAAGUACAAAGACUUAAUGAGUCAACAUCCUAUAAAUUCUGUAUUCAAGCUUGUAAUGAAGCUGGGGAAGGUCCCGUCUCCCAAGAAUAUAUUUUCACUACUCCAAAAUCUGUCCCAGCUGCCUUGAAAGCCCCCAAAAUAGAGAAAGUAAAUGAUCACAUUUGUGAAAUUACAUGGGAGUGUUUACAGCCAAUGAAAGGUGAUCCAGUUAUUUACAGUCUUCAAGUUAUGUUAGGAAAAGAUUCAGAAUUCAAACAGAUUUACAAAGGUCCCGACUCUUCCUUCCGGUAUUCCAGCCUUCAGCUGAACUGUGAAUAUCGCUUCCGUGUAUGUGCCAUUCGCCAGUGCCAAGACUCUCUGGGACACCAGGACCUCGUAGGUCCCUACAGCACCACAGUGCUCUUCAUCUCUCAGAGGACUGAACCACCAGCCAGCACCAACAGAGACACUGUGGAAAGCACAAGGACCCGACGGGCACUGAGUGACGAGCAGUGUGCUGCCGUCAUCCUUGUGCUGUUUGCUUUCUUUUCCAUUUUGAUUGCCUUUAUCAUUCAGUACUUUGUAAUCAAGUGAAAAUAUAACUUUAUUUUUUAACUCUAUUACAUUUUAUUUUGUCAUGUACUAAAAUUAUUUCUGUAUUGCUUUUAUAAAAAACAGUGGCAUUUAGCACUGGCAUUGAGACUAUAGCACAUCAUUUUUGCCAUUUUCAGUGCUUAUAUUGUUAGGUAGAGGCUGGCACUUUAUUAGAAUGCAAGCCACAAAAAUAUCAAUUUUGGUUUUUUUGUUAGGGUGGGUCUUCUUUUUUUCUUUCCCUCUCUUUUUUUAACAUGCCUUCUUACAGAAAAACUUUCUAAGAGGCAACAAUUUAGAAUGGAUAUUUUGACCAGUCAGCCUGAGUGUAACAGUGAUAACCUGAUCUGUUUGUUUUAAAGAUUAUUACCAAGUGAAAAAUUCAGAAUGAAUAGAAUUUACACUAACAUGCUAUAUAAAAUGUUAAAGUCUGAUGCUGUGAAAGCAAUCUAGUGCUAUAUUUCUACCUCCUCAUUUGUCUUAAUUAUUUGGUAAGUGGGAUUAUGAUGAGUAACUGGAGGGGCUUAGAAACAAAAACUGGAUGAAAGAGUAUGCAUGAAGAAAAGCUUAUUUGAUAAAUGUGGAGUUCUUCAUUAUAAAUAUAUAUUCAUGAAUUCACAGAUAAGUACUUAAAGAACAGACAGUUUACUUGGCCUAAAAAUAUUUUGAUGUUUACUCAAAAAGUACCUCUUCAGGUCUUGAGAACAUGGAAAAGAACUGAGUGCUUUUAAAUACUUUUUAAAAAGUAAUCAUAAAAGUAAAUUGCAUUUCAAACCUAUUUGGCUUCUGUUUUGUGAACCUUUGAACUAUAUGUAGGUGUAUAAGGGUAUACACCUACAUAUAUGGCAUAUAACAAGUGUACACAUAUACACAUAACAAGUGUAGAAAUAUAUAUUACACACAUACACUCACUCUGUCUGGUAUAGGCUAAUUUUGAAGAACUCCCAUAAGUUUCUGCUGCUUCUCCCAUAACUGCUGCCACCACCAUCAGAAUUCAUAAUCAAACCUAACCUUUUUGUUUGGGGCACCAAAUCUGAAGACAAAAUUAAUUUGCACCAGUAAACUUCAAGCUGCUUUCUUUCUUGAAAACUAAACGUUUAAUGUAUAAUGUCUGUUUGGAUACUGUUCCAAAUUGUUGAUUGCAUGUGGUUAAUGUUGCAUUAGAGCACUUUGCAAUUGCAUAAUUCAUUAAUGUUUUGUGAGCUUGCAUUUGUGAGUUACUGGAUGAUCAGACUGAAUUUUGUCAAGUAUCACAUUGUACAUCUUGCCUAGAUGUCGAUGACUGCCAGUAAUAAUACAGUUUAUAAUGAAACUAUCUACAAUUCUUGUUUUAGCACAUCUGUUAUCCGUAAAACACCUGUAACUAGCUUUUUUAAUUUAUUAUUUGAAUUUUAGGAUAGCGAAUCACUAAUUUUUAGUUGCUGAGGUUGGCAUUUUAGUGAUUAUUAAGCACUUCUGUCAGUCUUUGAAAAAAGAACGUAUGUUUUGUGCUUUGAAGAUCUCUGAAGAAUUUCUUUUAUAAUAGAAUGGGCAUGUAUUGUAACAGUUUUAUGUCAAAUGAUCUGUGCUGUAGAAAAACAUUAACCCGUGUUCAAAAAAGAAAUGGAUAAACUUGGCCUUUCUAAGUGGUAAGAAUGACCUGUCACUAUAAUAUACUGUAUGUUUACAUUUUAUUUAAAUUUAAUCUCUUAUGUAUAGGGUGAUAACCUUCCCCAAAAACAACAGUGAUUGCGAUUGUUUUCUAGAAACUUCUUUAAAGUGCCACAUUUGGCAGUACAAAUGAGUCUGAGUGUAAUAGCCCAGAGAUUUAUAUAUAGUUGAAUGUCUAAAAUGGUAAAAUGUGCCACUGUGUCAAGUUACAGUGGCUUAUGUUUUUCAUAGUAAUUCAAAUGAACCUCCUAUUUUUGAUAGUAAAUGUCAUUUAAUAGUAUACUUGCCAUUUGAGCCUCACUGCAAAAUUAGUGCAGAGGAGAAAACAAUUUUUAUGUAAUCUUGAUUUUACCUCAUAUACUGUACAUUCCAAAAACUCUAAACUUUUUAAAGAUUAUAGAUACACUACCAAACAUAUCACCUUAAAAUUGUAUAAGGCUGAAUGAACUUCAUACAAAUGAAAAAAAAUCUCAUAAAAAUACAUAAACUAUGUAGCAAAAGUAUCUGUAAAAUCCAUGGAAAAUAAAAGUUCAUUCUUUUUGA